GAGGAUCAGCAGUCUCGUUGGAGGGAUACACUCAAGUGGUUGGUGGUCAAGCAGGCUGGCAACGGGCAGCGACAACAUCUGUGGCAGAACUCUCGUCCCAAACGAAGUUACCCCUCGAAAUUGCCCAUGUUGAUGGACGAGGGCAUUCAACGCUUUCGGGAGCGCUCACUGAAGCGGUACAAAAACAUGCUUGUGUACUUGGAGAGCUCGCCCGACUAUUGUAAUGCUGAUCCCGGCAUCGUAGGUGUCUACGCCGACAAACAGUUUGAACGAGUGUUCCUUAUCGAAUUUGAAUGGUUGUGGCUUCAGAUUUUCUCCACCAGUUUAGGAGCGAAAGAGGCGAUCGACUAUGGUUUCACCUCUGUUUAG